AUGGCUACGUACGUCGGUCCCAACGCGCGCGAGGGCGAGCUCGUCUUCGGCGUCGCGCACAUCUACGCGUCGUUUAACGAUACUUUCGUGCACGUGACGGAUUUGUCGGGCAAGGAAACCCUGAGCCGAUGCACCGGCGGGAUGAAGGUGAAGGCUGAUCGCGAUGAAUCCUCGCCGUAUGCGGCGAUGCUCGCGGCGCAAGACGUCGCCGCGCGAUGCAAAGAGCUCGGUAUCACGGCGCUGCACAUUAAGAUGCGCGCGACCGGGGGUAAUAAGACGAAGUCGCCGGGUCCGGGCGGGCAAAGCGCGCUUCGCGCGUUGUCGCGCUCCGGGUUGAAGAUUGGCCGAAUCGAAGACGUCACGCCGACGCCGACGGAUUCUACUCGUAGAAAGGGUGGUCGCCGUGGUCGUCGUUUGUAG